AGACGGAGCUCUAGCGGUCAAACUCGCCAUCCUCUCCUCAUCCUCGGAGUAAAACAGUCGGCCAGCUGCAGCCCCCGGCGUCCUUUUCUUUUUUCUUUUCCUCUUUUUCUUUUUUUUUUUUCUCUCUCUCCCCCUCCUGGUUCGGGUUGUUUUUGCACCGUCUCCGUGUGUGAGAGAGAGUGUGUGUGAGUGUGUGUGCUGUGGCAGCGAGCAUGCAAAGCAACGAGCGACACCGAAACAACAAACCGAGGACAACAUGGACAAACCGGCAACUUAUAUUUUACAAAUGCACUUUAUAUUUAUUCAUCUUCAGUCUGGAACUGAAGAGGAGCGUCACGGCACCGCAGGAGUCUGAUGAUUUCGCUUUCUACCUUGAUGGCGCCAACGCGUGCCUGGGGGUGUUGGGUCAGUCCGUGGUGCUGACGCCCAACUGCGAGGACCCCCUCCAGCGCUGGAAGUGGGUGACCCGGGGCCGCCUGUUCAAUUUGGGUUCCUCCAAGUGCCUGGGUGUGACCACCGGCAACAUCACCUUCAUGUGGAACUCCUCCCCGUUGGGCGUGUACACGUGCGAUCGAGAACCCCCCAGGGUACGCUGGACCUGGAACUGCGCUCAGAUGCUCGACAACCUCAACAGUAUUUUUCAGUCGCCCUUCCUGGGGAACCUGACCUUUACGCCGCCGCCCUUCACGUUGAAAUGGAGGCUGCACGGUGAUGAGCGGGACCCGUGCGCCAAGUCAUAUCAGGAGAUCUACUCGAUCCAGGGCAACUCUCACGGGCGGCCCUGUUACCUGCCCUUCCUGUACGACAACAAGUGGUUUCACAACUGCACGAGCAUCGGCCGCGAAGACGGUCACCUUUGGUGCGCCACCACCUACGACUACGGCAAAGACGAGAGCUGGGGAUUCUGUCCAGUCCAUAGCAGCGGCUGUGAGGCCUUCUGGGAAACGGACCCGCUGACAGACAGCUGUUAUCAGUUUAACUUCCAGGCUACGUUGUCCUGGAGCGAGGCCAGGCUCAGCUGCCAGCAGCAGGGGUCGGACCUGCUGAGCGUCACCAAGCUGCACGAGCAGACGUACAUCAACGGUUUGCUGACGGGCUACAGUGCUGCUUUGUGGAUUGGCCUCAACGACCUCGACAUCAGCGGAGGCUGGCAGUGGGCCGACUCCUCACCACUUAAAUAUCUAAACUGGGAGCCAGACCAGCCGAGUCACGCUGAGGAGGAGAACUGCGUCGUGAUCAGGACGGAGUCGUCGGGCCGUUGGCAGAACCGGGACUGUUCUGUCGCUCUGCCGUACGUCUGUAAGAAGAGGCCCAACGCCACCUUGGACCCCUUCACCACCGAUUCGUGGGUAGAUGAUGAGAAGUAUGACUGCGAUGUGGGCUGGCAGGCCUUCCAGGCUGGAUGCUACAAGCUCACCUCGGAGAAGAGCGACUGGAAUGCAGCUCAGAAAACUUGCCAAAAGAUGGAGGCCAAUCUGGUCAGCAUCCACACUCUACCUGAGCUGGAGUUCAUCAUACGCAGCCUGAAGAAAGAUAUUGAUCAGUUAUGGGUAGGACUCCAUGACACUGACAUGCAAAUGGACUUCCAGUGGACUGACCACACGCCCGUCAUCUUCACCCACUGGCACCCGUACGAGCCCAACAACUUCCGCAACACCCAGGAAGACUGCGUGUCCAUGUGGGGCCCGGAGGGCCGCUGGGACGACAGCCCCUGUAAUCUGACUCUGCCCUCCAUCUGUAAGAAACCAGGAACAAAGAGCGACGGGAAGCCAAAGCACCAAGACUGCAAACAAGGCUGGAAGUGGCACAGUCCGGCCUGUUACUGGGUGGGAGAGGAUCUGCUCACCUUCGAUCAGGCUAAGAUCUCCUGCGAAAACCACAGAGCUGCUCUCGUUACCAUUACCAACAGGUUCGAGCAGGCGUUCGCCAGCAGCCUGGUGUUUGGCCGAUCCGGAGAGUCCUUUUGGAUCGGGCUCCACAAUCAGGGCAGUUCCAGCUCUUUCCACUGGCUCACUGGAGACGAGGUGUCCUACACCAACUGGAAUCGAGACCAGCCCGUGGGCAUCCGUGCCGGCUGUGUUACCAUGGCGACGGGCAUCGCAACUGGUCUGUGGGAGGUGAAGGAGUGCACGACAGAGAAGGCGAAGUUCAUCUGCCGUCAGAACCAGGACACGUCCCUGAGCCCCGAGCCCCCCGCCCCUCAGCCCACGCCGAGCCUCAGCGGCUCCUGUCCCAGCGGCUGGAAGAGCAACAGCUCCCUGCGCUACUGCUACAAGGUUUUUCACUCCUCCCAGAUGGAGCAGAAGCAGAGCUGGCUGCAAGCUCACCUGUUCUGCAGGAGACACGGAGCCAACCUGCUGAGCAUCAGCGGGCCGGAGGAGGAGCAGUUUGUCCUCAAGGUCCUCCACGAGACGUUUGGGGAGUCCGAGGAGCACGAGCAGCACUGGUUCUGGAUCGGCCUCAACCGCAGGAACCCCAUGGACAACGGCAGCUGGAAGUGGAGUGACGGGCUGGCGUUAACGUACCAGAACUUCGGCCGCUACUACUACAACAUACGCCAAUGCGCUGCAGCCGACUUGGGCUCCAUGACCUGGCUGGCCAUGCACUGCGACCUGCAGUUGGACUGGAUCUGCAAGAUUCCCAGAGGAAGUAUUGAGAAGCUGCCAGAAGACACUGAAGGCUCCACCACGCCGGAGUGGAUUGCCUUCCAGGAGGCUGAGUACAAAUUCUUCGACCACCGCACCACUUGGGACCAGGCCGGGAGGAUCUGCUCGUGGUUCGACUCAUCCCUGGCCUCCGUCCACUCAGCCGAGGAGCAGGCGUUCCUGGCCAACACGUUACGCAAGAUGGGUAAGGUGGAAGGGGACAACUGGUGGCUCGGGCUUCACACGUAUGAGAACGACGGGCGUUUCCGCUGGUCCGACCACUCUGUGCUCAACUACAUCUCAUGGGCCCUCGGCAGGCCUCACCCCAUCAGCCGCGAUCGUAAAUGCGUGCACAUGUCCGCCACUAAAGCGGACUGGACCGACCAGAAGUGUCACUCCGACCUGCCCUACAUCUGUAAGAGAGUGAAUGUGACGGGGACCGUUCCUCCCACGCCGGCAUCGCCUCACCCCCCGUCAGGCUGUCCCGAGGGAUGGUCUUCCUACCAGCACAAGUGUCUCAAGGUGUUUGACCAGGCGUCCCGGGUCACAUGGUCUGCAGCCAAGCUGAAGUGUGAGGUUCAGGGAGGGGAGCUGGCCGUCGUGUCCAACUACCUGGAGCAAGCUUUUGUCACAACCUUGCUAAAGAACGCCAGCGCCGACCUCUGGGUGGGUCUGACGUCCGAUUCUAAGGGUCACUUCACGUGGGCCAAGGCCGGUCUGCUCAGCUACACCAACUGGGCCCCCGGAGAGCCCAUCGACAACAGCGGGCCGCAUCACAACAAGACUCCGGGAAACUGCGUGGCGAUGAUUCACAGCAACCCAAAGAGAAUCGGCAUGUGGGGAUCCCGAGCCUGUGAGAUGGAAAAUAACGGCUACAUCUGUCAAAAGAAACAAGUUCAAGGUCUGUCUCCGGCUCCGCCCCUCAUUCCCGGCUCUCUGUCCAAGCCCGUGGAGCUCGGUGGGGUGACGUACCGGGUGGUGAAGAAGCCGCUGGACUGGACCGGCGCUCUGCACGUGUGCGAGUCUCUGAACGGCACCCUGGCCACGGUGAAGGACCCGUUCCAGCAGGCGUACCUGACCCUGCUGAUGAACAGCCUGCACCAGCCCGCCUGGAUCGCUCUCUACAACUACGGAGGACGGAGCUUUACCUGGCUGGGUGAGGAGGAGGCCAUAUACUCAAACUGGAAAGACAGGGAGCCCAAUCAGAUGGCAGGAUGUGGCGACAUGACCACGACGGGGCAGUGGACGGUGACUCCCUGUGAUGCCAAACUGGAGGCUGCCAUCUGUCAGAUUACUGAUGAGCCUGUGACUCAUCGAUGGAACUACCCAGGACAGUGUCCCCACUCCGUGGGAGAGUGGGCGUGGGUGCCCUUCAGAAACCACUGCUACGCCUUCAACCCGCAGAGGCUAAAACUGCAGCAGGAUGCACGCACGUCCUGCCAGAAGAUUGGAGCGGAGCUGCUCUCCAUCUUGGACGAGACGGAGAACGGCUUUGUGUGGGAGCACAUGCAGAGCUAUGCCGAGCAGGCGCACGGAGCCUGGCUGGGAAUCACCGUGAAAGGUCGAGGUUUUGUGUGGAACGACGACACGGAGAUGUCGUUUACCAACUGGGAAAUGCACGAUUUUGCUUUCUCCGUGCUGUCCAUCAACUCCUGCUUCUGGAUCCAGAGCAACAGCGGCCUGUGGAAGCCGGGAUCCUGCAGGAACCGCACGCACGGAGUCAUCUGCAAGCAGCCUCGCAGUAUUGAAACAUCACCUCAAACAUCCCCUGCCGACCACCUGCCCACUCUGAUCGUCGUCAUGGUGACGGGCCUGUUGCUGGUGCUGCUGAUCGUCACCGUCAUCUACCUGUACCGCCACCGGACUGCUGGGUCGCAGGGCUCCUACAAGGGCGCCCGCUACAGCCGCACCAACUCCAACCUCACGGAGCAGGCCGAGAAGAACAUCCUGGUGUCGGACAUGGAGCUGAACGAGCAGCCCGAGUAGCUGCGGCCGUCCUGGGACUGGACACGGCUUCCAGAGGCUGACUUUACCCUGCUCAUUUCUCUCUUUUGGAGCCCCCCCCGAAAAAAUGAUAUGAAAUUUGCCAAAAAGGCUGUGCAGAGCACGGCAGGUUUUUUAGAUUUAUGAAUUGAAUUUCCGACUUUUGACUUCAUCCUCUUCUGACAAAAGUUAACAGUUCUAGCGAUUUCUCCUUUGACAGAUCAGAUGCUUCCCUCUGCAUUCAUCCAAAAAAGCGUGGGCAGGUUUUUAUUGAUCUGCUGGGAAUAGUCUGACUGCAGAUGAAAAUAUUCAGCGUAAAAAUCAGGGUCAUGAAAAAACUUGCAGUGUUAACUGGUGCCAAAGUAAAGUUUUGCACACUGCGUAUUUUCAGUGUAACUGUUUUUCUGAGCUACAAACCCCUUUUGCCUCCAUCUUUAACACGGCCACAUAUUCUUCUUCAGGACCAAACUCAUCUUUUUUGUUAGCUUUUCCUUUUCCAUUACCAUGUCAGUAUUAACCCAGAACUUGAACUCGUGUUUUUGUUGUUUUGUUUCGUCAUUAUCCGCGCAGCUGUACAGAACUGUUCCUCAUGAUGCGUGCUGCUUUCGUGAGCCAGCCUCUCCUCUCUUUUCCAGCCUGACACGUCAGCCGAGCAGAGGAGGAAGUCCAAAUGUGAACAUGUUGAAGGUGACGGAGGCCGGUGACCUCAGGCCGUCUGAGGGCACACACCAUAAUUGUGCACAUAAGUAGAGCUUUGUUAUGGGAAGCCGGUCUUUAAAUAGACUUGCAUUGUCUCUUUUGUUGGAGGGUUGUCAUCACAUGGUUGAACUCCGAGCUGACACAGCUCGGUAUACAUUUUGGCACUUUUUUUUUUUCUUGAACUCUUAUUUUGAUUCAGUAUAGUCUUAGUCAUCCACUUUCCUUUAGUAAUUAUCCCAAGCAUGCAUAUUCUGCUCUGCGAUUCUUAACUCUUGUUUGUCUUGGCUCUUUGCGCCGCCAUCUGGAGCUGAUUCAGCAUUUUUUUAAGGGUAGUAAUUUUCUUUACAUGCACCAUAAAAAAAAAAAGAAAAAAGGGUUUGUAAUUCGAUAUCUGUCUGAUCCAUCAUUUUUCACGACUUUGCGGUCCACUUCGCUGUGUGCUACAACACUCUCCUCCGGUGAUGACGUGUGUGACUGGUGAAGACGUCUGGAGGGAUGACGGCCAACUCUUCACCCUCUCUUUGUCCUGCAGAGGAAAACCGUCCCUCGCAAGACAAUCAACACACAGCUGUACAGCUGUGCACGCGAGAGCCAAAGCGUGCAAUUUUUUACAGAGUUAAUUUGCCUCCUUGAACAUUUAACCUCUUCUCCUAAAAAAAUUUUGCCUCUCGCGUACAUUUUCUCUUUCGCCUGCUUUGCAGGAAUGCUUCGGAGCCAUUUCAGUCUGAGGCUUUUGGUGUUUUUCGCUGCUGUGAAGAAAAAAAAAAAGAAAAGAAAGAAAGAAAGAAAGGGAAGAAAAAGGAGAGAAAAAAACACAGCUCUUAUAGCUCCCCAAGUUGAACUAAGAUUGCGGGGGAAGGGAGGUGUGUGUGUGUGUGUGUGUGUGUGUGUGUGUGUGUGUGUGUGUGUGUGUGUGUGUGUGUGUGUGUGUGUGUGUGUGUGUGUGUGUGUGUGUGUGUGUGUGUGUGUGUGUGUGUGCGGUCUCCAGCUGCGGAAUGUUGAGUCGGCAGGAAGAGCUCAGUCUGGAACCAAUCAGAGAAGGAGGGCUUAGGGACAUGAA